CCGUCUCUUUGUGUGUGCAUAAAGAAUGAACUUCAACACACCAGUAAGAUGAUACAAAAGCAUUUGACAACUCUGAUUAUGUUUUCAGUCGAAAAGGGUCACGAGACACGUUCGUCGUUUGCACAGAUAAACAAUAACUUGUAUAACGUUGAACUGUUAUGGAAGAAGUCCCUGCAAAGCUCGAAACGACGAUGUUUGCUUGCAGAUCUGUCUGGGUCAGAUGUGGGUCUCUGGCCCGGUCGGCAUCCUACAGGCGUCCCAGAGAUGUUUUGCAGCUGCGACAGAUGUCAUCGGCACCGGGCGGGUCUGGGGAGAACAUUGUUUAUACUGUGCUGUGUGCUGGAGCAUUUGUGGGAGCUAUGUCUUAUGCUUAUAGUACGGUCACCUCAGACAGUGCCAGAUAUAAUGAACGCAUCGCAGAAAUCAGUUCCAGACCCAAGACCGUGUGGACUCCGAAACCAUGGCCCCCCAUGAGUGAAGAUGAAGAUACAGGAGGAGACGUGGAGGAUGAGGUGGUGGCAGAGGCACCUUCCGAAGAGGAGGCAGAAUCAGUUCUAGAGACUGAGGGAACAACAAUCACAGGAGAAGUGGCUGAGGUCCCACACAACGUGGAUACUGUGGUGGAAGUUCCCCAAGCCGAGGCUGCUGUGGAAAAGGCAGAAGAGCCUAUCCCCACUUCUGCUGAGGAGCCUGAAAUCAAUGCUGUGCUGUCAAUCGACUCUUCUGUAGCUGCAACCAAGGAAGUUCUGACACUUGACGUUCUCGAAGAAGAUGAAGCUGGAAGACCUGUCUCUGUAGCAAAAAAUAUAACUGAAGAAACUCCAGUUCUCUUGCCAGUUGUGGAAGAGGCAUCUAUUGAAACCCCACCGAAGACCCACAACCAACAAGAAUCUCAGAGCCUUGUUGAGGUGUCCUCAGUGGGUAGUGAGACUGUGGUUGACUUGGACCUUGUUGACGUGAUGCUGCAGGUGGAAGUCCCUGUCGAGAGGGUUCCUGAUUCAGAGGCAGUGCCAGUCGAAGCCGCGCCAAUAACUGAGGAGUCAUCUGUCGAAGUGGCUCCUGAGGCAUUGAAUGCGACCGUCAAUGUGAAACCGCUGUUGGAAGUGUCCCCAGUGCACAUGUUUCCAGUGGCAGCAGAAGUCCCCGUUGAAAUGGCUCAAGUGUCGGAGGAGCUACCCAUUAAUGUGGCGCCACUAAUGACGGAGGUCACAAUUGACGUGCCUCAGAUGGUGCAGGAGGUACCUGGCGAAGAGACUGGGAUGGCAAAUGAGACCUGCCCCCAGAUCCCGCCAGUGGCGGAGGAGGCCCCCAUCAAUGUGACGCAGGUGGUUGCUAUGCCAAGUGCAGAUGUCCCCUCUGCUAAUGAGGUGGUUGCAAUGCAAGACACUCCUACUGAGCAACAAGAAUACAUUGUUGUUGUUCUGGAAGGAAAACCGAAAGCUGAGCCCAAAGUCUUGGGAGUGGGCCCCUUGACUGGUAGUAUUGCAGAGCCUGAUGAUAAAGCCUCUGAGGGUAAGAGAAGUCUUCUUAGGAUGCAAAUGCAGUAGCUCCAACUCAGUAACCAGCUCCUGAUCGAAGAUUUCUGUGGAUGGGAAUGUGCUUUGUUCCAGAUCUUCACUUCAAACCACCAAAGCUGAUAAAUCUAUGCAAUUUAGAUGCAACGUGAGAACUCUUAUUCAGUGGCACCCCUCAUAUUCUAUAUUAUACAUGUAUUUUUCCACUCUUUACUGGUGAAAGAACGUUCCAUGAAGGCAUCUUUAUUUCCAAACGGGUGUGAAUUACCAGCUUUCUCUGAACAUCUUCUCCUGCUCUGUAGUAGUGGUCUACCUCACUUGUACCUUAUCUCCAACUUCGGGAUAUAGUUAGUGCUGUUACAGUUCAUCCUCAGUAGCUGGAAAGUCUGAUCUCUUCAUGCACAGUGUACAUUUCAGUAUUUUCUGACAUUGUUUUGAUGUGUCUCAAACUGUUUUCUUGUGCUUUCAUCUGACAAUCUACUCAGUCUAUCUUAAAUGUGUUUAUUAGGUUUGUGUAAACCCAAGCUAUAUUUUUCAUGGGUGAUGAAUGGACUACUAGCGAAUAGUAACUUCUUCUGUUAUGGUAUGGUUAUGUAUCUUAUUGUAUAAUAUUCAGGUGACAAGACUGGUGCGAUUUGUCAGUUUCAAAAUGGAUUUUGCAUUGAUGCAUGUAUGGAGGAGUCCUGGCUUUUUUUAAAUUUCACAAUUUCCUGUGUCCUUCCAUGUUCUUUGAGGGCAUUGUUAAAUGUUUGUUUACAUCAAGGAAUAAAAGUGUUUUCUACUUGCAGUUUGGUUAUA